CCGGUGACGUAAGGACGCAAGAAGCGGGCGCAUUGCAUUGUGGUCGCCGGUGCCUGACGGAAACAGAAACCAAACUACUCUCCAGCCAUCUACGUAUUCAGCCAGGACGGGGGCAUAAUUAAUAAGUAGUUGGCGAUCUUUGACCGCAUACACAGCAGCCAUGUCGUCGACAUCCCAAAAGCAUAAAGACUUUGUGGCCGAGCCCAUGGGUGAGAAGCCUGUGACGGCUCUUGCGGGCAUCGGAGAGGUCCUUGGCCAAAGACUGGAGGGGAAAGGUUUUGAUAAGGCGUACGUUGUCCUCGGGCAGUUUCUAGUGCUAAAGAAAGACGAAGAGCUUUUCCGCGAUUGGCUGAAGGACACUUGCAAGGCUAAUGUCAAACAACAAGGUGACUGCUUUGGCUGCCUUAAAGAAUGGUGUGACGCCUUCUUGUAAAGCAUUCAGCCAUCGUUUUCUACUUCUGAAGUCCAAACUGUACAUUACCUCUUCUGUGAUCUUAAUUCAAUUCAGCUGCGCACUAUAUACUGACACUCUUCACACGCCUGAGGUUCUUGAAGUCAAUUUAUUAUGAACUCCCCUCCCCCCUACAUAUUUUACACAUGCCCGUCUCAUGGUCUCUGCGUAGUAGGUCUAGACUAAUACUUGCCAACUCUUUCUUCAAAUUGACAUGGUUUUAAAGUUGGGUAGAGAAUCACAAAACGUGUUGUCUACUCGCAGCAUUUAAACUUCUUUUAGUAAAAGCAAGAGUGUAGCAAUAAUGAUGGCUCUGGUCCAUUUAUGUCCCCCAAUAAGUCAUACCACUGAGCCGGCAUACGCAUUAGCAGGACUAGGACACUAACUGGAAAGCAGGCUACAGAGGUGCUUUGGCCUGAAACGGUCCAGUUUUUGGGAAAAGGAAAAUGCAUCUCACGUGCGGAAUAUUACAUUUGUCGGAGAUCAUUGAAAUACUGCAUGUACUUUCUAUUAAAGGUUGAAUUUGAAA